AUGUCCCGCCCCAGAUCAUACCUCAUAGUAGGCGCAGGCGUCUUCGGUGUCUCUACAGCAUACCAUCUCAUCCAAAAGUAUCCCGGCGCCAGCGUCACCUUGGUCGACCGCGACGCAUUUGACGCAGACAGCCGCGUCGCCGCCUCGUGGGACUGGAACAAGGCCGUCAGGGCCGACUAUGACGAUAUCGUCUACUGCCAGCUCGCGCUCGAGGCCCAAGACAUCUUCAACAACGACCCCCUGUGGAAACCCUACUUCCACGAGACGGGCGUGUACUGGAUGUGCCGCAGUGACUAUGGCCGCAAGGUGAUUGACAACUACAGAAAGCUGGGCCGCAAGGCGGCGCUGGAGGUUGUCUCGGUGGACGACGCGCGCAAGCUGUACGGAGGCCUCUUUGAGGACGCGGACUAUACAGAUGUGAAGGAGGUGCUCGUCAACAAGACCAGUGGCUGGGCGGCGGCUGGCGACUGCCUGCGUGCCGUGACCCGCAAGGCGAUGGAUCUGGGCGUCAAGUACGAGGUUGCCGAUGUGGCAGGUCUUGAAAUCGACGCGCAAAGCAACUGUCGCGGGAUCACAACGUCCACAGGCAAAACACUGCGAGCCGACCACGUUGUCUUGAGCACGGGCGCAUACACACCCAAGCUCCUGGAGCUGUGCGCCGCCAAGUCUGGGAGAGACAAGCUGUCCGCUGGUGACAGGAUCGUCGCCGGUGGCAUCACCACGGGUAUGGCGAAGCUUGACGCGGAGUCUCUCAAGAGGUUCGCCGACAUGCCAGUCGGGUUCCAGGGAUACCCUGCGGACGUUGGACCUUUCCUGGGCUCUCUGCCGCCCACAAAGGACAGACAGCUCAAGUGGUGGGGAUGGACCAUCUUCAAGAAUACGCAAGAGGUUCUCCCCGGUCGAUAUCUGUCCGCGCCUCCAGCAGAGCCCGACUAUGCUCAGUGGAAAGUGUCUGGCCAGCUGAAGGAGGACAUUAAUCACGCCAACAGAUCCUUUUAUGGUAAAAGGGGCGCCAACUGGACCAUGGAGAAACACCGCAUCUGCUGGGACGCUUUCACAACGAGUGGUGACUUUAUCAUCUCGCCGCAUCCAGCAGCCAAAGGGCUGUAUGUCGCGACCUGUGGCUCAUUCCACGGUUUCAAGUUCUUCCCGGUGCUGGGCAAGUAUGUCGUCCAGAUGCUCGAGGAGGCGCUCUCCCCUGAGCUGGCUGGGCGGUGGGCAUGGGAUAGGGAGAGGCCUGACCCAAAGUACAAUCCAGAGUGGCCACGCGCGGAGAUGGAGGACCUCCGCGACCCGAUACAGGCCAAGCUGUAG